AUGACACCAUCACACCAAAACAACAACAACAACCAACUCGUCCAAACCGGUUCUAACAACAUCCAAACAGAAACCACAGGAAAAAACAACAAUAUAACAAUAAUUUUCCACAACAACAGCCCCAAUAUUACUAUAUUAGACAACACACUCUACACCAACAACAACAACAACACAGCCACGCCCCAGACCAACACCAACAAUACAACAACAGGAAAUAUAGAUAAUGCAACAACAACCAACUCUGAAGUAUCAACUGAUACACAACAUAAUAACCAUAUAGAACCUGACACAGCCUCCACAAUAUUUGCACAACAUGAAGUUCCUAAUACACUUACAUACAGCCAAGCUGCUAAGAAGAAUUUGACCGACAACACAAUGCAAAUAGAUAAAGAUCUAACCCAGAAAUGGCUAGAACAUAUAUAUACAGAAAUGAUAAAGAAAAUCACGCAACCUUUUGACACAAACACAUAG